AUGAAGCGGUCUCUGACGGAGAAAUCGAUGAGGGAGAGCAGGGAGGGCCGGAGACAGGGGCGACAGAAUCGGCAGGUCCGUGAGGGCAGGAGGUAGAGUCGGAGAGUCAGGAAGGGUUGGAUGAAGAGUUCGUGGAGCCGGGAGGGCAGGAGGUAGAAUCGGAGACACUUCCCCCUGCUACGCACGUAACAUCUAAUCGUCGUGCGCAGCAUGAGCUUGCUAGUUACAACACUGCUGCGAAUCAGAACGAUGAAGUUAGAAGUGGCAGAACCCGUGCGCAAACUCGGGCCGUAAACCAGGAGAGCGUAUCCGGUCUCGUGGCCACUCUAGGAC